CUGAACAGAAACAGCUCGUGUGUGUGUGUGUGUGUGUUCUUGCUUGGGAGGUGGGGCAGGCCCGCGCUAGCAAAGAAGAGAUCACAGUCAAAGUGUGAUCAAAGUUUAACUUACUAAAAAGAAGGAGGAGGCCAAUCUUUUUUUUUUUUUAAGGUAAAGCAGACUUUUUGAACAACUCUUCUGCAAAUUGCAACAACUCUUUUGAUCCACUUGUUGAUCUUUCCAAAUGAAUGUUUAACUGCAGACUGGGUGUGCUCUCACGUUGCGCUGCGGACGAGGGUCAGCAAUCUCCUGGAGAAAAAUGGAUUGUAAAUGCGAAGCCAACAACACAGAUAAUGCCGCUACAGGCUGGUGGCUGAGCGGCAGCAAUGCCCAGAUGGGCGUUUACACCGUGGUGGGGUAUCUUCUGUACAGAUUCUCACAGACCCUUCCCGCACUGAUCCGAUGGCCGAUUCGUCUCUUCUGCUCUUUAACCGGUCUGUCGGCUCUUUGGAGCUGGGUGAGCCGCGUCGUGGGGACCCUCCGAGGAAUCCAGAGCCUGUGUAAAUGGUUGUCUCGAAUUUGGAAGUUUAUCAAAGCAUUUUCCACCAAAUUCCAGUGGAUACUUCCUAUCAUCAGAGCCAUCACAGGGUCCAGUGACGGCUAUUUGGAGAGCGAGUCCACGAGACUGAACCUCUCCAGCCCCUUAAAAGCAGGCCUCAGACUGAUCGUGGUGGGCCCCGCCGGCGGAGGACGCACAUCAGUGGUAAACACUUUGCUGAACUGCUGGGCGGAAGAACCGGAAGAACCUCUCGUCGAGAGCACCAUAAGAAGAGCCAUAGUGGACGGCAGGGAACUCGCGGUCAUCGACACGCCGGAUCUCUUGGGGGCGUCAUUGGGGGCGAUGACUCGAGCCAGAGAAGCUCUGAGGAGCGUUCAGCUAGCGGCUCCGGGUCCUCACGCCAUCCUCCUGGUGAUGCAGGCGCCGCGCUCCGGAAAAGUGCCGCACCAGGAUGCCAUGCGAGCCAUCCAGGCCACGCUGCAACUGUUCGGAGAUGACAUCCGAGGUCACGUCAUCCCCGUGCUCACCCACGCCGACCGACUGGGUCGACGGCACACUUUGGAGCGGCUGCUGGACAGGGACGCCGGCGGCGUGAACGGACUGACGUCUCUCUGCGGUCAGAGACCCGAGCUGCUGGACACCAGGCGGGAUCGGUCCCCGGAGGAGCAGAAGGUGACGCGCAGGCUGCUGGUGGGGCGUGUCCUCGAGCUGAAGGGGCUCAGGGGACAUUUUGUCCACGAGCUGCAAAGGAUGGACGAACGCGUGCGGGAGAAGCUGCUAGCCGACAUGACCUCUGCGCUGGGCUCAAAAUUGGAACACAUGUAGAUCAUGUGAAUACACAGCAUUGCUAUGAAAUCAUAA